AUGUUGUAUAGAUCCCCCGCAAAGAAAUCGCCUAUUCUCUCGCGUAUUCCACUGCCGACAACCCAUGAGAACAUUUACACUGUUCCCAACAUCCUCACCUUCUCGCGACUGAUUGCUGCUCCGCUAGUCGGCUAUUUCCUGGUGUACGACUAUCAUGCCACAGCGUUGGCUCUCUUUGCAUACGCAGGCAUCACGGAUCUUGUUGAUGGGUAUAUCGCUCGACGGUAUAACCUGCAGACAGUUGUUGGGACGAUUAUUGAUCCCAUGGCUGAUAAAUUGCUGAUGACGAUUGGUGUUGCUUGUCUUGCAGUCAACGGGUCAAUACCUGUGUGGCUUGCCGUGAUUAUCCUCGGUCGGGACGUUGGCCUCGCCCUCUCUGCCAUCUACUACCGAUGGAUAUCAUUACCGCCCCCGAAGACCAUGGCGCGGUAUUGGGACUUUUCCCUCCCGUCUGCGGAGGUGAAGCCAACUGGCAUUUCCAAAGUCAACACAGCGCUGCAGCUGCUCCUUGUCGGGAGCGCGAUGGCCCUCCCUGUGCUUCCGGCGACAUACAUUGAUGCCUGGAAUCUGAACGAAGCAAUGACUGCAUUUCAAUAUCUCGUCGCUGCGACCACAGUCUGGUCAGGCCUGAGCUACGUUUUCUCCAAAGACGCAGUCAAAAUUCUUUCAAAAGAGGAGGUCCAGAAACGCAUCGCUCGCGCGGCGGGAAAGAAAGCCCCUUGA